AUGCUUACAUCGCUUUCUUAAUUAUAUCAUAUAAUUUUUCUAAGCAACCUUCAACCAAUUACCUGUUAGUGUAAAUAUCUAAAUUUAUAUCUUGAUUCAUUAUCUAUUUUACUAAUAUGUUCUAAAUAAUAAUUCAGAAUAAUUUCUUCUGUUAUCAAUUCAAGAAUUAAUCAAAUUUAUUAUACUCUAAAACUCGAAAAAAUCUAAGAUCUCAUCCAAAUAAUUUCUAAUAAAAAUUAGCUAUAAAAAAUGAAUUAUACCAAAUUUAAGUGUUUAAACUAAUAGUAUCAUCAAUAUUUUAUUAAAACUAACUAACUUAUAAGAGAGGGGAGUGGGGCAUAUAAAAGCUAUAAAAUUUGGUCAGGAAACUUACUUAUAAUGAUUUUAGAAAGAUAGACCCUUUUUUUGUUUCAUGAUAAGCAAAAUAUGAAAACCAUAAGAAAAUAUAAUUGA